AACUACGGGCACAUUAAACCAAAACCUUCGCCAUGCCAGUAAGUUCUCGCUCCCCUUCCCACCCCCUUUCCAGGCACAGUAUCAUACUAACUCUCGCGGCAAGCUAAUAAUAAUAACCGGCUACCCCUCCUCUGGAAAAACCACCCGCGCAACACAACUCCACACCUACCUGCAAGCCAAACUCGACUCACCCAGCACCCCGCCCCGGCAAAGGAAUUUAAAACUGCACCUGAUAUCCCCGCACACGCUGCUCAUCCCGAGAACCAGCUACAGUAUCGCCGCCAGCGAAAAGACCGCCCGCGCAACCGAGUAUUCUGCCGUCAAGCGCGCUCUUUCAAGGGACGAUGUCGUGAUUGCCGAUGGACUGAACUACAUCAAGGGCUACCGAUACCAGCUGUUCUGCGAAGCGAAGGCGUUGCUGACGCCGAGUUGUGUCGUACAUGUAGCAGCGCCCGUGGAGAAGUGUCGGGAAUGGAACGCGGCGAGGGUGGAGGUUGCGGAACGGUGGGACGGGGAGACGUUGGAGAAUUUGAUGUUCAGAUAUGAGGAACCGAAUGGUAUGACGAGGUGGGAUUCUCCGCUUUUCACUGUGCCAUGGGUGGACUCGGAGGGGGAGUGCGUGGUAGUUUGGGAGGGGGUUUGGGAGGCGGUUUGUGCUGGGGGAGUCAAGGUUAAGGCCAAUCAAGCUACGGUUUUGGUGGGUUCUUUGUGUCCUUUGUGGGAGAGAGGGAGUAUCUAAUGGCUUGGGUUUGUAGAAACCGGCGGCGGAGAGUGAUUAUCUUUACGAGUUGGACAAGACGACGCAGGAGGUUGUUUCGCUGGUUAUGGAACAUCAGAGGAAUUCCGGAGGAGGCGUGGGCGGGGAAUUACCUGUCUCGGAGUGUGGGAAGGUAUAACUCCUGGCUGAGGCUUCUUCUAAGGUUCAUAGGGAGAUGGAGGCUAACUAUCUGCAGGUUCUGGAAUUGCCUGGACGGGAUCUCACGGUUCCACAAUUGCAGAGGAUUCGAAGACAAUUUAUUGCGCUAAAUAGACAGAACCCUGUCGGGAAGCAGAGGAUAAGGGAACUUUUCGUUGAGUAUUUUAAUGGGAACUUUAGGGAUUAAUCCGGAUUUUUGAAAAGGCACAUGGCGACCCCAUGCCUCCCACUUGGCCAACACGCUCUCCAUGUCUUUAUACUUUUUUAGUGCUUAUGUGGCCUCUUAUGUAUGAUAGUCCACGGGUUUGAUAAUGUGUCGUGAAAUUUUGGUAGAUUCUCACUGGCAUUGGUGUUCUUAGAGUGGGGGAUGAAAACGGAUGCUUUUGAUGUAAGAAGGUAAUCGAACGAAAGGUUUCUAUCUACUACUGUACAUACCUGUGCCUUUAUUCUAUAGAUAGGUGCUUCCAUGCUG